AUGCGGUGGAUCGGGAAAUUGCGCAGGCGAGGCUACCGGCCGGUUCUGGAUGCCCCAACCGCUCGCGCCGCCAGCGCCCGCCCGCCUGCCCACCCGCCGCGUGUCCUCUUGCUUUGUGCCACCUUCCCCGCUUCCCGCCCCGAGCAGGUGGAGGCCCAGAUCGAGCACCUGCUGUCACGGCAGGCCGCGCUGCAGGAACAGCGCGAGCGGCUGCAGCGGAUGAGGGCGGCCGAGGCUCGCGCACCGCGGGCCGACUGGCUGGGCACGUUUGCGUGGGACGGGCGCGUGCAGCAGCUGCUGGGCGACGUGUUUGGGCUGCGCAGCUUCCGGCCUCUGCAGAGAGAGGUCAUCAACGCCACACUGCAGGGGCGUGACGUGCUGUGCCUGAUGCCCUCCGGCGGCGGCAAGAGCCUGUGCUACCAGCUGCCCGCGCUGCUGUCGGGCAGCGGGCUGACGCUGGUGGUGUCGCCGCUGCUGUCGCUCAUCCAGGACCAGGUGCUGGGCCUGUCGGAGCUGGGGGUGCAGGCAGCAGCGCUGACCUCCCUGACCAGCAAGGAGGAGGCGGCAUCCAUCUCCAAGCAGGCAGGGACAGGCAGCAAGGCUGCAGUCAGCCUCGGCGGCCUGCGCCUGCUGUACUGCACGCCGGAGAAGGUGGCCAGCUCCAAGCGCUUCUUUACCAAGCUGGAGAAGGUGUACAAGGCGGGGCGGCUCACACGCAUAGCCGUGGAUGAGGCGCACUGCUGCUCCCAGUGGGGCAACGACUUCCGCCCCGACUACAAGAAGCUCGGCAUCCUCAAGCAACAGUUCCCCGACACGCCGCUCAUCGCGCUGACAGCCACCGCCACGCAGGCGGUGUGCCAGGACCUGCGCACCAUCUUGAAGAUCGAGGGCUGCGAGCUGUUCAAGAGCUCUAUCAACCGGCCCAACCUGUUUUACGAGGUGAGGCAGAAGCCGGCCAAGGAGAAGGAGCUGGUGGCGGAGAUGGCGGCGUGGAUCCAGGGCAACUACCCGGCGGGGGAUAGCGGCAUCAUCUACGUGCUGACGCGCAAGGACGCCGAGAGCCUGGCAGACGAGCUGCGAGGCGCGGGGGUGUCGUGCCAGGGGUACCACGCUGACAUGGAGCCGGCACGGCGGGAGCGGGUGCACCUGCAGUGGAGCCAGGGGCGGGUUCAGGUCAUCGUGGCCACCAUCGCCUUUGGCAUGGGCAUCAACAACCCUCACGUGCGCUUCGUCAUCCACCACACCCUCAGGCAAGGAAGGCCCCGGGCCGAGUCGGGGCGUGCGGGGCGCGACGGCCUGCCCGCCCACUGCCGCCUCUACUACCGCUUCGGCGACUACCUGCGUCAGGCUGCGGUGGUGACCAUGGAAUCCAACUGGGAGCCGUGCCUGAAGGGCAUGCUGCAGUACGCCGCCGCCCCCACCUGCAGGCGCGCGCUGCUGUGCCGCCACUUUGGGGAGGCGCCCGCCCGCUGCGCCGGCAUGUGCGACCGGUGU